UGCUGAAAUGAACAAGCGAGCGAAAUCUACAGCGGGACUCUCAGUUCAUUUGCUCUUUGCAUUGGCUAGAGCGAGCCAUGUCGGAAGAAAGUAACGCAACAAAAAAUGGAUUUGAGCACCAUGGUGAGGAGCUGUUGCCUCGCAGGCGAUCAUCGUCCGUUAUUUGGGCCCAUUUUGGAUUCAGAGCAAGCGACACUCAACAAGAAGUCGUCAUUUGUAAAGAGUGCGGCAGGGUCGUGCCGGCCCCGCAGGGUAACACAACUAAUCUUUUCAAUCACUUGAGAACACAUCACAAAAACAAACACGAGGAAUGUAUCAGGGCCAGAGCGACCCUCGCUUCACAAAAUCCCUAUCAGCCGACUCAGCCGAAAAUACCAGCGACUCAGUCUCUGCACCGGGAAUCACAGUAUUCAUCGACCGCCCAAAGACACGCCGAAAUAACAGACGCAAUCGCGUAUUAUUUGGCCAAAGACAUGUGCCCGAUCGAUACAGUGAGCAACGAGGGCUUCAUAAAAAUGAUCAAAACACUGGACAAUAAAUACACGAUCCCCCCGCGCAAUUUUUUCUCCAAAAUGGCAUUACCGACACUUUAUCAAAAAUGUCGGGGCAAAAUAGAGAAAGACAUUUUAAAUGUCGAUUUUUUUGCUGUAACAACGGACAUAUGGUCGAGCAGAGCCAUGGAGCCGUAUCUGUCUACGUCCAUUCAUUUUAUUGACGGGGAUUUUGAAAUGAAAAGCUGGUGUUUGCAGACGUCCUUUUUCCCACAAGACAACACGGGGGAAGCUGUAGCCCAGGGACUCCGAGAGAUAAUCACUUCUUGGAGCCUGCAAGAAGAGAGACUGGUCUGCUUCACAACAAGCAGUCAAUCUAAUGUCGCCAAAGCAGCUGCUCUAAAUGAAUGGCCGAGACUGGAGUGCUUUGGUUACAGGGUCCAUCUAGCAAUUGAAAAUGCAAUGAACGAUCCAGAGAUUGAGCACGCCGUUGGGGUCUGCAAAAAAAUUGUCAGCAGGUUCUCCUACAGCUACAGGCUUAAAAAGGAGCUAGCAUGGGCUCAAAAGGAAUUAAAGCUUCCAGAGCAUGGGCUGAAGGUAGAAUGCCCCACAAGGUGGGGGUCAAAGCAAGCAAUGAUUGAAAGAGUUCUGGAGCAACAGAAGGCCAUUUUGAAAGUCUUAUCCUCUGACCAAAAAUCAAGACACCUCGUCCCUACCUGGCAGGACAUUGAGAUCCUAGAUGCCAUCAACAAAGCCCUCCAACCUCUGAUUGAAUUUACGGAGGCACUAUUCAGUGAGAAGUAUGUUGGUCUGUCUUAUGUAAAACCAGUCCUCCACCUCUUCUGCUCUUUCAUCCUCAAAGUCAGUCAUGAUGUUCCUGAUUUGACCAACACCAUGAAAACCAAAAUCCUCACUUACUUGGAAGAAAAAUAUGAGGAUCCCGGGACACAAGAACUGCUGGACAUGGCCUCGGCUCUUGAUCCACGCUUCAAACUGACAUAUGUCACUGAGGACCGUACUAAAGCUAUCCAGAGCAGACUCCUAUCUGAGAUGGUUACAUCUACAAGCAUGGAGAAUGAUCCAUGUGGUGAGACUACAGACACAGAGGAUGCACCCAGUAUGUCGAAAAAAAGGAAGUCCGUGGGAAGCUUCUUCAAGAUCACCGGAGAAGCUGCACAGAAAUCUUCUCCUCAACAGGAACAACAACAGGCGCUAGCCGAGCUUCAAUCUUACCAACAGUGUGCCAAUCUCGACAGUGAAGAAGACCCCCUGGACUGGUGGAAGGAGCAUAAGAGAAUCUACCCACGACUUUCAAAGUUAGCAAAAAAAUACUUGUGCAUUCCUGCAACUAAUUCCCCAUCAGAGAGUGUCAUCAACACUGGGGGAAAUGUAGUGACCUGCGUGCGCUCAUCUCUCAAGCCAGAAACUGUUGACAGGAUGGUUUUUCUUGCUAAAAACCUGUAGGUCUAAGCCUAAUGUACAUAUAAAAAAUAAAGCCUUUUAUGGACAGCAUAAUAGUAUCCGUUGGUUUUCGCUGUUCAGAUCAUAUUUUCCUGUUAGCAUGCACGUAAUUCUUUGUUUUUUGUACCUUUCGCCUAAACAUUCUGCCAUUCAGAAAUGGCAAUUGUGUGCAUCCACUAAAGAUUCUUUUGAAGUUAACAUUCAUAGAGGAUAUUCCUCACCAGUGAGAUGUGGAGACCAAUCUGCUGACGUGUUCAAUCUUAAAGUAUAUAAUUGUGUUUUGAUUCUCAAAUAAAUCUUUCGUAUAGUUUUUAUCUGAAUUGGCUGCACAGGUUCAUAAUCUGCUCAUUCCCUCACAAGAACCUUCUGAAUAUUCUGCCAGAAACCUUUGCAUUUCAUCCCAAAUUUUGUGUUUAGAUGG